AUGUUAUUGCUGGAUAGCUCGAUUCGCCGAUCUGGUGAAAAAGAACAGAGCUUUACUUCGUUGCGGCUGGGCCCGACAAUUAUGGACAGAGCAGCAUUUGGCGGCGGAGGAGGAGGGAUGUACCCGUACGAGAAUGGAGUGGUGAUGACAAGAGACCCCAAGCCGCGGCUGAGGUGGAUGGCGGAUCUUCACGAUCGUUUUGUUGAUGUUGUUACCAAGCUGGGUCACCCUGAAAAGGCGACGCCCAAGUCAAUUUUGAGAUUGAUGGGGCUGAAAUGUUGGAUAUUGUACCACUUGAAGAGUCAUUUACAGGUGAUCACUGAUCACUUGAAGAGUCACCUAUGUUCCUCUUCGUCGCAUUAA